CGAGAUCCCUAAUCCAGGAAUCCCUAUCACCGAAACAUCAAUAUAUUUGUCUGUAUCUUUAUCUAGAUCUUUCAACUGUCAGUGUCUGAUUAAGGAAGAAUUUGUUGAUAGUUGAUUGGGGUUGGCAUUCCUCCUCUGUAUUUGUUUGUAUCUAUCUAUCUAUCAACUGCUACUCUGCUAGUCUUCUGAGAAAGAUACAUAAUAAUAAUAAUAAUAUUGUUAUUAUUAUGUUAGAUAUGUGUAUAAGUACAUACAUAAAUGCCUCCAUGAUAGUGAUAGUAGUCUAGUUGGAGUUGGAGGAGGAGGAGGAGCUGAGAAGGACAAGUGUGUAAGUGUACUCUAUUCUCUAUCUAUUAUAUGUAUAUAUGUAGGCAAGCUGCGGAUAGGAUAGGAGAAAGCGGAAAGCAUUGGUGAAUUACAUUAGCAACAGAAACAGAAACAGAAACUACAUAUUUGUUGUAUAAGUAUAACCCAACCCGUUGAUGGAAGGAAGAGCAGCGGUGUGGUGAACUCUUUUGCACUUGUUGGCCUGCCUGCCUGUGUUAAAGAAAGGAAAUGGGUUCUGAGCAGAAUGGAUUUCCGCCACCUCCCACGCAAGAGCCACCGCCUCCUCCUCCUCGCCCCAGGCAUAAAAGAUGGGUUGGAUGUUGGGGUGGAUCAUCUUGUUUUGGCAAACAAAAAGGUGGAAAACGUAUUGUACCUGCUUCUCGUAUUCCUGAGGCCAAUUCAUUAGCAAAUCAGCCAAAUGGACCCCAAGUUGGUGCCAUAAAUAAUCAGACUACAGGACUCACACUAUCUCUUUUAGCUCCACCUUCUUCUCCGGCAUCUUUUUCAAACUCAGCAAUAGCUUCAACAGCUCAAUCACCAAAUUGUUUCUUAUCUGCCAACUCCCCCGGAGGUCCAUCAUCCACUAUGUUUGCUACAGGUCCAUAUGCCCAUGAGACACAACUUGUAUCUCCUCCUGUUUUCUCUACCUUUACAACUGAGCCAUCUACCGCUCCUCUAACACCUCCCCCAGAGUUGGCACAUCUGACUACUCCCUCUUCUCCAGAUGUGCCUUAUGCUCAGUUCCUUUCAUCUUCUGCAAACCUUAAAACCACAAAUAAGUCACAGUAUGGCAUUACUAAUGAUCUUCAGUCAGCCUAUUUGCUCGAUCCAGGAAGUCCUGCUAGUAGUCUUAGAUCACCUACUUCAAGGACUGCUGGUGACUGCUUGUCAACAUCUUUUACUGACAGUGAGCUUCCUGCUGAAUGGGAUCCCUCAGUUCCUUCGCAAGAGUUCAAGUAUCAGGUGUGUGAUUCAGGUGGACUUCAUGGAACAGGAACAGCUGAAACCUCCAAGUUGUCCCAAGAUUCAAAUUUUUUCUGCCCAGCUACAUUUGCACAAUUCUACAUCGAUCACUCCUUAUUUCCUCAUUCUGGUGGGAGGAUAAGUGUGUCCAAGGAAUCAGAUGCAUAUUCAAAUGUGCAUCAGAACAAGCAGAACAAAACUUGUAAACAAGACACAGAGGAGAUGGAAGCUUACAGAGCAUCCUUUGGUUUUAGUGCUGAUGAAAUUGUCACUACAACGCAGUAUGUGGAAAUUUCUGAUGUCUUUGAUGACUCAUUUACCAUGAUGCCUUUUGCCUCCAGUAAGCCUCAAGAGAAAAAUAUAAUGAUUGUGUCAACAGAUGAGGUGACAAAAGUAGAGAAAAGUCGGAAAAAUGUCUCAAGCCCACAAUAUCUCAAAUCAAGUUCAUAUCAUGCUAAGGGGCCUUACAGCAAUAUAGCAGAUCACAGUUUACAGAAGCAUUCUAAAGAUUUUUGGGGACAAAAUGCCCUUAGCAAUCAUGCUGUCAGUGACGAUGAGGAUGUCUUCUCCAAGAUGGGAAAUUCCAGGCAUGGUAGGAAACAUCCCCCUGGUUUAUCUAGCUCUGAUGCAGAGAUUGAUUACAGGAAAGGAAGAAGUUUGAGAGAAGGAAAAAGCUAUUUCUGAUGGCUCGAUUCUUGCAUAUUUCAACUUGUUUUAGGCUUUCUCUUCCGUGUUUGAUUGAUCGGUUGAAUGUACUCUAUAUUUGAAGUUCCCAAGGUAAGCACAUGAAAAGUCUAACUGUAUUAUAGAUGUGGAAAUAUUACUUUGUGAGAUGAAGCAUGAGACUCUUUUGUAAUGUCUAUUUGAAUGCUAAAGAGUUUGAUUUAUUAAUAUUAUUUUAAUUGUAAUUGUAAUUUUUUGGGCCUGGAACCCUUGUUAGA